CAGCCCCAGCAUGCUGUGAUCACGACGAGGUAGUGAAUUGCCCAUCGUUCCAAUGAAACAUGUAGCUUCAUGUGACUAAAACACACAAACUGAUAGACUUAUGCUUUACUGGCUAUGUGUCGCGGCCUUGGAGGCUGAGAAGCCUGUGAAGGACCCUUUCAAGGAACAGGACUGACCCAUCGUCAUCCCCACUACCCCUCCUCCUCCUCCUCCUCCUCCUCCUCCUCUUCAUCGUCAGUCUCGGAAGGUCUGAUAGGGCCCCCUAAAACCCCCUUCAGGAUGGCUUCCGAAUCUGAAUCCGAAUCCUACCUGGUCCCCUUCAAUAGCCUGGUGUGCAUGCUGCUCGGCAUCUCCUUCACGGUGUGGGUCACGCUGCUGCUGGUGUUCAUCAUCGUGCCCGCCAUCCUCGGAGUCUCCUUUGGUAUUCGGCGCAUCUACAUGAAGACCCUGCUCAAGAUUUUUGACUGGGCGACUCGGCGAAUGGAGCGGAGAGCGCGCGAGAAAAACCAGGAACUCUACAAGCCUUACAGCAACGGCAUCAUUGCUAAGGAGCCGGUGAGUCUGGAGCAGGAGAUCCAGGAGUUGAGGAGCAGCAACAGCUGUGGCGGCCUCAGCACCAGUGGUGGCGGCGGUAGCAGUGGUGGCAUCUCCCCUGGCAGUAGCAGUGGUGGCACCGCGGCCACCAGCGGAGAAGAAGGCCCCGCGGCCUCUGCAACCACCACGACGACGACCACAACGGCAGCACCCGCGCCCUCCUCCACCACGUCGUUAUCGUCGUCCUCCUCGGCCGAGUUUGAGAUGGCGGACAUCUUCUCGUUCUGCCGUCGCGGCGUGGAGAGCAUCGUGGACGACGAGGUGACCAAGCGCUUCACGGCCGAGGAGCUGGAGAGCUGGAACCUGCUGACGCGCUCCAACUACAACUUCCAGCACAUCAGCACGCGCCUCACCGUGCUCUGGGGGCUGGGCCUCGUCAUACGCUACGGAUUCCUGCUGCCACUCAGGGUGACCUUGGCCUUCACCGGAGUGGGCCUGCUCGUGGUGCUCACCACUGCCAUAGGCCUCCUUCCCAACAGCAGCACGAAGAACUACCUGAGCGAGAAGGUUCAUCUGAUGUGUUACCGGAUCUGUGUCAGGGCACUCACUGCCAUCAUCACCUAUCACGACAGUGAGAACAAGCCCCGGAACGGAGGCAUCUGCGUGGCCAAUCACACCUCUCCCAUCGACGUCAUCAUCCUGGCCAGUGACGGCUGCUAUGCAAUGGUGGGCCAGGUGCACGGCGGCCUGAUCGGCAUCAUCCAGAGGUCCAUGGUGAAGGCCUGUCCACACAUCUGGUUCGAGCGCUCCGAAGUCAAAGACCGCCACCUAGUGGCCAAAAGGCUCAAUGACCACGUAGCCGACAAGUCCAAGCUGCCCAUCCUCAUCUUCCCAGAGGGCACCUGUAUCAACAACACAUCAGUCAUGAUGUUCAAGAAGGGCAGCUUUGAGGUCAACUGUGUGGUCUACCCCGUGGCAAUCAAGUAUGACCCUCGGUUUGGCGAUGCCUUCUGGAACAGCAGCAAGUUUGGGAUGGUCACCUACCUGUUACACAUGAUGAGCAGCUGGGCCAUCGUCUGCAGCGUCUGGUACCUGCCCCCCAUGAGGAGAGAGGAAGGAGAGGACGCGGCUCACUUUGCCAACCGGGUCAAGGCGGCCAUCGCCAGGAAAGGAGGACUAGUCGACCUGCUGUGGGACGGCGGCCUGAAGCGUCAGAAGGUGAAAGGGGUGUUCAAGGAGGAGCAGCAGAAGCUGUACAGCAAAGUGCUGGUGGGCAUGCAGGAGGAACGCGACGCACACUGCUGCCCCCACCACCACCAGGAGGGCGGCGCUCUGGAGCAGGAAGAGCAGCAGCAGCAGCUGCAGCCCUGCCUGUGCGGCGCUCAGACCGAUCCUGAAGAAGAAGAAGAAGAAGAGGAGGAGGACCAGGCCAGCUCCAGUGACCAGAGUCCUGGGACAGAAGAUCUCCCUGCACUGCCAUGUAAUCACGGAGGCUCUGGGGAAGACCACCACGACCACGACGACCUCGACCACCAUUGCGAUAGCGCGGAAACCAUAGAGGCAGAUCGGAAGACGAGUGAUCACAUUGACUCUACUACGCAGGGCAAUCAGCCAGUCCAGCAUGAUCAAAGUGGCAGAGUUGAUGAUGAUGAUGGUGGUGAUGGUGAUGAAGAUGAGCAUAAUGGACAGUCAUGUGAGCAGAGUGUAACCAUGGGAGAUGGACACCACUCAGACAGCCAGGCAGGCCCCAGCCAAUCAGAAGGGAAGACUUGCGACCACACCGGUUCAGACGAGGUAGUUUGUGACGAUAAGACUGAUAAUAGCAUUAAUGAUGACGAUGGGCUCACGUGCCCUCUGACAGAUGCUGAGAACGAUGGCGGCUGCUCGCAGAGUAACGCAGAGACUGGCGUCGACGAGAACACUGGGUGCUCCUGAGAGGAGCCGGUUGGCAUUUCUUUGCUGCCAUCGUGCCAAUCACUUUUAAGAUGCCACCGCCGCACAGGUGCCUGCUAAAUGUUUAGAGUUACGGAGGCAUAAGGGGUAUUGGGGGGGAGCCUUCCGCAAGCCUGGCCCAGAACAGAGGGCCAUUUGGCUGGGCAUAACUGUUAUGGGACGUGUCCCUCCAUAAGGCUGGAGGUCUGUGGAACUCUGGCUUUUCUUGCUGUCUUAAGUUCUCACGGGUCUCUUUGAUUGGUUUUUGUUUUGUUUUAUUUUGUUUGUUUUAGGUUUUAUUUAGUUUUUUUUUUUUGCACACUUUGCACGUCAAAGACAGGGAUAAGCGAAUAUGUUGGGGUUUUUUUUUUCAGAGGUUCUGUUACAUUUCAGAUAACGAAUGUUGUUGUUUUUUGUUUUAUUCUAUUUUAUGUGGUUUACAAUUGUGAAUAGUUGUUCUGAAGUUUACUGUUAAGGUGUAGGUAAAGGGGGAAAACAUACAGAAAAGAGGGAUAUUCUCAGGAGAAGGUCAAAGUCAAGCAAUUUAGAAAAAAGAUGAGUUGAUUUAAAGCGACUGUCCACCAUUUCUGAAAAUAAGCUUAUUUUACACCUUCCCUUUGAGGAAAGUAAUUGAGUUUUAUACCGGUGAUUGACCUCUCUCCUGUUCUUCCAGUCGUCCUUUCAGUCGAGUGAUAUUAGUUCUAGAGCUAGUUCCAAGUUAGCCAUUAUCAUUGAAUUGCACCCCAUUCUUAUCAAUUAUAUAUGCUAGCUUGCCGAUAGAAAUUUCGUUGUUAGCGAAUAGCUGAAAGUAAAGGAAAAGGGCAUAACUCAAUUAUUUAACUCCAAGGGAGAUGUAAAACGAGCUUAUUUUCCAAAAACGGUUGCUUGAAAAAAAGAAACACAAAGGGCGGUGAAUGCUGAGAAACCAAGAAAGAGACGACAGCCAUGACUGUGCCAUUGAAACACAAGAGUUGGCCCCGCUGUGCAUGCUAUAGCUGCUGUAGUGUGCAGGGUUUGUGUUUUGGGUGUUUGUUUAUUUUUAAAUAAAAACACCACGUGUGCUCUUUUUAACUCUA